GAGAAAUGUCCAUUUAAUUUUCAAAAAAAUGGAAGAUACAAUUUCUCAGAGCACCGCACAAACAGAAGAAUAUUCCAUACCAGCACCCUCAUUGAAAAAGGAUAUCCCUGAAGACGUCGACUCGUUAUUUUCUUUGGAAAAAGAAGAGAGAGUGGUUACACUUAGAUCGCCUUCAGAAUGUGAACAAACCUUCGGGAUUGAAUAUGAGCCUGCCGAUUUGGAGAAACUUGUUGAAUUCGUGAAAGAUUUCACUACGUUGUACGAUUUGAGGCCAGAAGAUUGGACGUUUGAACAUGAUAAUGUUAUAUCGGAAUUCUUCAUAAAUGGCAACGAGCCCUUGAUGAUGAUUUACUUCAUCCAAAACGAAUUGCGUGUCACGCUUGGUGUCCCAGAAGCGCCAUUCAUGGAUGCCACCUACUUUUACCGAAGCGAGCCGAACCAAAUUUUUACCGUCGACAAUUUCCACGACACCAUCAAUUUCGGCACCAUGGACAACAAUAUAGAAGGCUGCUUGUUGGCCGUUAUGCAGAACGUAUAUGCCCCUGUCUUCUUUAGCAGCACCCAUUGGCCGGACAGCGUGAAAAACGAUUUUGGUCAUAAGUUGCACAUGUUCUUGGCAAAGUUGACCGAUCUGCACCACAAACUGUUCGGUUUAACCGUUCUGUACAUACCGCACGAGAGCAUUAAUUUACAGAUUGAGGUUGCUAGCAAAGAUAAGGAACUGGUGAAGAGAUUGGAGGGUAUUGUGGUUUAUUGGACUAAACAAGUGAGGGUGGGAUUGCAAGAUCAAGAUCAGACGACUCCAGAAGAUUUGCUUGUUCCUACUGAUGAGAUUCAAUUUUGGAAAUAUAGAUAUAAAAAUUUGAGAGGUUUGAGUUACCAACUGGAAAAUAAGGGCCUGAAACAAGUUUGUGACAUACUGGUAGCAGUACAGUCGACCUACGUCAGACAAUUUCUUGUGUUAGUCGAUGAGAUUAAGUACAAUGUUGAGGAAGCUAAAUCCAACAUAGAGUACCUGCAAGUGUUACGUGAACCGUGCAUGAUUCUCAACGAUGCAGAUGAUCCAAGUAGGAUUCCUGAAAAUAUACCUAAUAUUUUGCAGUUGGUCAGAUUCAUCUGGCUGAACAGUCCAUUUUAUAACACACCUGAAAAGAUAACACUUUUAUGCAGAGCUAUAAGUAAUCAAAUCAUCAUUCAGUGCACUGAUUACAUCAAUCUGGAUGUUGUGUUUGAAGAGAGGGCAACGAGGAAAGCCAUAGAUAUGUUCAAUACCUGCAUUGACUGCCUUACUCAAUAUAUAAAACUAUAUGUGUUGAUAUCGGAGUCUCAUACUAUGUUUGGGGAAAAACCAUGGAAAUUAAACACUGCACCAAUAUUCAAUCAUGUUGAUUCCUUGAUUCAACGUUGUAAAGACAUGAUAGAAAUCUGCGAAUCUAUGAUUACCUUCGGAAGAUAUGAUGAAACCGAAGUGCUACCUAAACCUACAUUUGGGGGAUCCAGAGGACAAGAAUUCGAGAGUUGGGUGGACAAAAUCGAGGUUAUGUUCAAUAGGAGUUUAGCUGAAGUGGAAACAAAACGAACCAUCAUCUUCGACGUCCAAGUAGCCGAUUGGUAUGAUGAAAUUCUGAAAUUUCGAGGUAAAAUGAAAGACAUCGAAGUGGUGAUGGAAAAUCUAACAAAUGCUGUAUUUGACGAAGUAGCCAAUGUUGAAGAAGGGAUAGAAAGUUUGGCAGCUAUGUUCAAUUACUCCAAGAGGAAGACACUUUAUUCGUUGUUUGAAGGAAAAACCUUAUACGUGUACCAAAUGUUCAGACAAGAAAUCCAGGAUAUUAAACAAGAUCUCAUAGAUGAAGGCGACCAGCAUCCCUCUCGUUUACCUUUCUAUGCUGGCAGGGCAAUGAUAGCUCGUAUGAAGAAGAACCGACUAGUACUGAUUAAAAAAUUGUUUGACGAUGCAAAAUGGCUGAUGCCUUGUAGUUUAGCACCAGAAAUUUUUUCUCAGUAUGAAAAAUUGGUGGCAUCAAUAGACGAUAGAGUUCUCAACUUAUUUAGAAAAUGGUUGGACAGUCUUGGUGAAGGUCUCCCCGAGAGGUUAAACAGGCCUUUGAUGAUCAAAAGCACCUAUCGUUAUGGACUCCUGGAAUGCAACAUGGAUAGAACGUUGCUGAAAGUUUUCCAUGAGGCAAAAUAUUGGGAAUCACUAGGCUAUGAAAUACCUACUUACGUUAACUCUGUGUAUCAAAAAUCGAAAACCAUUAGGAUAAUCUACGAAAGCGUGCUUGCUGUCGUUUUGGAUUACAACAAGAUAUUGACCUCUUUAUCAGAUGAAGAGAGAUUGCUCUUCAAACCCAUCAUUUCCUCUGUCGAAAAGAAAAUAUCACCAGGUUUAUCGAAGCUGACUUGGGGUGCAGAUGUUGGGGAUGAAUACAUUGAAGAAUGCAGCAAUAAUACGGCGGAGUUACAAAUAUUUGUUGAUACAUACAAAACCUGCAACCUAAAAAUAGUUUCAAUUUGCGAGAAAAUCUGCGAUACCCCUUUAAUCAAUUUGACCUCGAAUUAUGCCUUCGAAUUGGAAGAACUGCAAAGGGAGCUGAGUUCCUAUAUGAAGAAAACUAUCGACAAAUUGGUCGCUUAUUAUGAGGAAAUAAUUGAAUACUUGAUUGUUGUCUUUGAAGGAUUUGAGAUUCACAUGACCGCGAUGGCUAAUCAAUGGAUAAAAUAUAUCAAUAAUUUCGAUAAGCUUGUGGAAAAAGCGCUCAGAGUAUGCUGUAAAAAUUCGUUAGAAACAAUGUACGAGGCUGUACAUGGAGACGACAUUACUGGUCCUAAUCCAUUACUCAAAUUAGUAGUUAAUCUCAAAGAAAACACUAUAUCUUUCGAUCCAGGACUCACAGAUGUGGCUGGUGUUAUUUCUAAUAUUCUACCGAAAAUGGUGCAGAACUUGAGGUCUGUUCCACGCCUGAACGAUAAGUUUCACGUUGCUGCAACUCAGUUCACACCGUUUUUCCGAAUUAUCGAAGAGGAUAGGGAAUGCAUGAAGCUGCAGGAACUCCUGAACGAAGAGGUAAUGAUAAACGCGGAGAACAUUCACGAAUACAUGAAGAUUUGGGAACCUUUCCGCGAUCUCUGGGAAAUAGACAAAGAUAAGUUCAUCCAGAAAUACGAAUCUAAGAAUCCAAACGCAGCAUCUUUCGACGCAAACAUGGGCAGGUAUACGGAGUUCGCCAACAACGUCCAAAUGCAAGAGACGGUGGUGCCAGUUCACUUCAGCUUGAUCAACUCUGAUCUGCUGAAGAGGGCCAUAAUCGAACAUUGCAUCAAAUGGCAGGAAAAACUGGCCGAGCUACUGUUGAAAUUGACGGUGAAGAAAAUCAAACAUGUCCAUUCUUAUAUCGAAGAGAACGUAGUGAAGAUAAAGCAAGAACCGAAAACGCUGAAAGAAAUGCAGGACGCUAUAUUACUGCAUAGAAAAUUGAAGUCUGAAGUGCCUGAUGAGGAAGCUGUGUUCCCCACCAUUACUGAACAGAUGGAAGUUCUGGAUAAGUAUCGAGUUGCUGUGUCUGAUGAUAUAAGACAACUUGAGAAGCAGAUAUCAACUGCCUGGGCAGAAUAUCUAGAAGCCCUGGACGAAGCUGAGAAAAUGUUGGGAUAUUCUCAGGAUACCUUCAAGAAUUCACUACUAGAAAGUGCACAGUCUCUACGGUAUGAAGCGGCACAAAUGAUGGAUGACUUUUUGGUGAAAGGACCGUUUGGAGCGGAUAUUAAUCCUAAGGACGCUUUAGCUUAUAUAGCAAACAUGAAGGAGAUUAUAGCUAAAAUGAGAGAGAACGAAGAGCAGCUUCGGAAAGAUCUUGCUAUUUUUGGCCUCAGUUUACCGGACUGUGAAGAGCUCACUAGAUUGGAAAAGGAACUUGCAACAUUAGAGCUAGUAUGGCAACUUGCAGAUGAGUGGGAAACGGCUUGGGAAAAAUACAGGGAUGGCAUCUUCUGGGAAAUUGAAACUGAGGAAAUGGAGGAAAAAGCUCAAACUCUCUUCAGAAAAUUGACGAGAUUGUCUAGGGAACUGAAGGAGAAAAAUUGGGACAUUGUGGAGAGUACUCGUUUGAAGGUCGAUGCCUUCAGAAGGACUUUGCCCUUGCUGUCCGACUUGAAGAAUCCAGCUAUGAGACCCAGACACUGGGAUAGAGUCAGGACUGCAAUGAACAAAGAAUUUGACGAGAAUUCCCCAGACUUCAACAUGGGGGCUAUUUUCGCAAUGGAGUUCCAUCUGUUUGCCGAUGAUAUAAAUGAAAUUUCAAAUGCUGCUACGAUGGAACUACAGAUUGAAAAAGGAUUGAUCGCUAUUGCUGAAACAUGGAAGGUAAUGACUAUUGAAAUGAUUCCUCACAGGGAUAAAGGAGUAUACAGAAUCAAAUCGGUGGAUGAAGCGUUUUCUACACUCGACGAAAAUAUGGUACAGUUGUCUACGAUGAAGAGUACUAGAUUCGUUGAACCGUUUCAGAAAGAAGUUGAUUUUUGGGAGAAAACCCUUACAUACAUAAUAGAAACUUUGGAAAUAGCACUCAUUGUCCAAAGGCAAUAUUUGUAUCUAGAGAAUAUAUUCUUCGGUGAAGACAUACGAAAGCAGUUACCCAAAGAAUCUGAAGAUUUCGAAAAAAUCUCAAACGAUUGGAGGGAUAUCACGAUCAAUAUAUUCGAAGCAGGAACGGCACUUAAAGCAACACAUUACAAACCGCCACCUUAUCUCUUCAAUAAAUUGAAUAAGAUGAACGAUAAACUGGAAAUUAUUCAAAGAGCACUGGAAAGAUAUCUCGAAACCAAGCGAUACGUAUUUCCUAGAUUCUACUUCAUAUCGAACGAUGAUAUGUUGGAAAUAUUGGGAAAUGGGAAGAAACCAGAAGCUAUACAACCGCAUCUGAAGAAACUUUUCGAUAACUUGACGAAGAUCAAAAUACAGAAGAAUAUUGGAAUCAACAAGCUGGAAGCUGUUAAUAUGUAUUCUGAUGACGGCGAAGAGAUGAUUCUAAGCAAAAGCGUGAUUCUUGAGGGCGCAGUAGAGUUGUGGUUGGUAGAACUGGAGAAAUCUAUGAGGUUGACUCUAAAAACCGAAUUCAAACCAUGCAGAAGCGCCCUUAAGAAGAUGUUGAACAAAAGAGAUAAAUGGUUGAUGACUUAUUGUGGUCAGCUUUGUAACGCUUGCAGUCAGAUUCAAUGGACUACUGAUUGCACCAGAGCGUUGGUGCAUGCCAAAAUUAUGGAGAGUAAAAAACCCUUGAAACGUUUGAGAAGGAAACAAAAUCAAGUCUUAGGUAAACUCUCCGAACUGAGUAGAAGGGACCUGACUAAAAUUCAGAGGCUCAAGACGAACGCUCUGAUCACCAUCGAAAUUCACAGUCGCGAUGUGAUUGACCGAAUGUACAAAGCUAAUUGUAGAGACACGAAUUCGUUUGAAUGGUUUUCACAGUUGAGAUUUUAUUGGGACAGAGAUGUUGACGACUGCGUUAUAAAACAAACGAACACUUCUUUUUGGUAUGGUUACGAGUAUAAUGGUAAUUCUGGGAGGCUUGUAAUCACCCCACUGACCGAUAGAUGUUACAUAACCCUAACAACUGCCCUCCAUCUGUUUCGAGGGGGAAGCCCCAAAGGUCCAGCUGGAACUGGGAAGACUGAAACUGUUAAAGACUUGGGAAAAGCCAUGGGAAUGUGGGUUAUUGUAAACAAUUGUUCGGAAGGUUUAGAUUAUAAGAGCAUGGGUAAAUGUUUCUCCGGACUGGCCCAAACUGGAGCAUGGGGUUGUUUUGACGAAUUCAACAGAAUUAAUAUUGAGGUGUUAUCUGUUGUUGCCCAACAAAUUUUAUCAAUAUUGAGCGCCAUUGCGCAAAAGAUGAAAAGGGUUGUAUUUGAAGGUGCGGAAAUCAACCUUAAAUCAACGUGUGGAAUUUUCAUAACAAUGAAUCCAGGUUAUGCAGGUAGAACUGAGUUGCCUGAUAACCUUAAAUCGAUGUUUAGACCUAUAUCUAUGAUGGUACCGGACAGUGGAAUCAUAGCUGAGAAUAUCCUUUUCAGUGAUGGGUUCCAAAACACCAAAGUACUGGCCAAAAAAGUGUUCACGUUGUAUCAACUGGCGAUGAAGCAGCUGAGCAAACAAGAUCACUACGAUUUCGGAUUGAGAUCUAUGGUGGCCUUGCUCAGAUACGCAGGUAGAAAGAGAAGGAUGCUAUCGCAUUUACCGGAGGAACAAGUGGUGUAUUUAGCGAUGAGGGAUAUGAACGUCGCCAGAUUCACCUCAGACGAUCUACCCCUAUUCAAUGGUAUCAUGUCGGAUAUAUUUCCAGGUGUUUCUAUCCCAACUGUUGAUUAUAUGGACAUGAAUACAGCUAUCAUAACGUACAUGCAGAAGAAUAUUCUUCAGCCAAUCCCAAUCGCCAUGACUAAAGUGAUCCAGUUGUACGAGACCAAAAGCUCUAGGCACUCAGUCAUGAUCCUUGGUAAAACGGGAACUGCGAAAAGUGUGACCUGGCAGACACUCCAAGGUGCGAUGGGCAUCUUAUGCGAUCAAAAAAAGGUGGGUUACCAGAAAGUUCAGGUAUUCCCCAUCAAUCCGAAGGCGCUCAACCUUGGCGAACUUUACGGGGAGUAUAACUUGGCAACCAACGAAUGGUUGGAUGGCGUGAUAAGCGCCAUCAUGAGGACAACUUGCUCAGAUGAUUCCCCUGACGAAAAAUGGAUCUUAUUCGAUGGGCCUGUGGAUGCUGUGUGGAUAGAGAAUAUGAACAGCGUAAUGGACGACAACAAAGUACUCACUCUGAUCAAUAGCGACAGGAUAACGAUGCCUGAACAGGUUUCCUUGCUGUUCGAAGUCGGAGAUUUGUCAGUGGCAUCUCCCGCCACCGUUAGUAGAUGUGGAAUGGUUUACAAUGAUUACAAGGACUGGGGAUGGCUUCCUUAUGUUACAUCCUGGAUCCAGAAACAGGCACAUAGAGGAAAGAAGUUUCAAGAAUCGAUUAUGGUCCAUUUUCACAAUUACCUAAACUACGUUCUUGACUUUAAAAGAUUGAAUUGCGAGGAAACCGUUGUUUGCGCUGAAUUGAAUCUCGUAAAAUCGUUAUGCAUACUUCUUGAAAUAUUCGCCACUAAAGAAAACGGUGUCAAUCCAGCGAAUGAAGAAACAUUCGAAGAUUAUAUGAAGCUCUGGUUUCUCUUUUGUCUGAUAUGGUCGGUAUGCUGUACUAUAAAUGAAGCGGGUAGAAAAAAAAUGGACGUGUUUCUUCGAGAAAAAGAGGGCUGCUUUCCUCUCAAAGAUACGAUAUAUGAGUAUUAUGUGGAUGUUCGAAGUAGGUGUUUCGCCCCCUGGGAAGAAAAAUUACCAUAUGCGUGGAGAUAUGAUUCUAAUGCUCCGUUCUUCAAGAUUAUAGUACCUACAGUGGACACUAUACGAUACGAAUAUCUGCUAGCUGCUCUUUUGGACAAUGGUUUUCCCGCUCUAGUCACCGGACCUGUCGGAACUGGAAAGACUUCGACGGCUCAAACUGUGCUGAACGCUAUGGACAAAGAAAAAUAUAUGAUUUGCAAUAUUAACAUGUCCGCACAGACGUCAUCUCUAAAUCUUCAAGAUUUCGUUGAGAGCAAGGUAGAGAAAAGGACCAAAGGUGUAUUCGUUCCUAUUGGCGGUAAGAAGAUGAUAAGUUUUCUUGACGACUUGAAUAUGCCGGCUAAAGAAACGUAUGGUUCACAACCGCCUCUGGAACUGCUCAGGCAAUGGAUUGACUAUGGGUUUUGGUACGACAGGUUGAAACAGACAAGAAGAUAUAUUCAGAACAUGUUCAUCCUGGCAGGCAUGGGACCACCAGGGGGCGGGAGAAAUGUCAUAAGCGAUAGACUUCUGAGUAGGUUCAACGUGAUCAAUAUGACUUUCCCAGACGAUUCCAUAAUACUCAGGAUAUUCGGUACCAUGCUGUCGCAGCAUAUGGCAGGGUUCGACGACGAAGUGAAAAUGGUGGGCAGGGAUAUUCCAGAGACUACACUGGAUCUGUAUAACAACGUUUCGAACACUAUGCUACCAACACCGACGAAAAUUCACUACUUGUUCAAUCUCAGGGACAUUUCUAAAAUUUUUCAAGGACUUUUGAGGUCCCACAAAGAUUAUCAAAGUACCAAACAAGCUUUCUUGAGGUUAUGGAUCCACGAAUGCUAUAGAGUGUUCUACGAUAGGCUCAUUGAUGACAAAGAUCGCGAAUGGUUUCUGGGGCAAAUGAACGAACAACUAGGUAGUCAUUUCGAGCUUACGGUCCAUGCUUUAUGCCCGAAGAACGAAAUACCAUUUUACGCCGAUUUCGUCAACAUCUAUCACAUUUACGAGGAUCUGAUGGAUCUACCCGGUCUGAGGAAGUACUUGGAAAACGAAAUGGAAGAAUACAAUGUGUCGCCAGGUGUUGUUCCCCUGGAUUUGGUGCUCUUCAAAGACGCUAUCGACCACAUUUGUAGAAUUGUUAGGGUCAUUUCCCAACCCAGAGGAAAUAUGCUUUUGGUAGGAAUCGGUGGAAGUGGAAGGCAGUCAUUAUCCAGAAUAUCCGCUUAUUUGUGCGAAUAUAAUACGUUUCAAAUAAACGUCACAAGAAGCUAUAAAACACAGGAGUUCAAAGAAGAUCUGAAAAAAUUGUAUAACUUAACCGGCGUCGACAACAAAGCCACCUCCUUUUUAUUCAACGAUACUCAGGUAAUCGAAGAAAAUUUCUUGGAAAUCGUUAACAAUAUGCUCAGUAGCGGAGAAGUGGCCAAUCUCUUCAAACCCGAGGAAUAUGAUGAGGUGAAAAAUAAGAUUUAUAACGCGGCUGUUAAAGCAGGAGCGCCACCUACUCAAGAAGGACUGUAUAAUUUCCUCAUAGAGAGGGUCAGAAGCAAUCUUCACAUCGUUUUGUGCAUGAGUCCGAUCGGAAGCGAUUUCAGGAACAGGCUAAGGCAGUAUCCGGCCCUGGUGAAUUGCACCACCAUUGACUGGUUCACCGAAUGGCCCAAAGAGGCGUUGUUGGAGGUCGCCUACAAGUAUAUUGCGGACGUUAAUUUCGUUCAAAAGAUAACCGGCGAAGAUAAAGGGGAAAGGCGGAGAGAAUCCGUGUUGCUUUCGACGCAAGAUAAAAUGAGAACAGGAUCGGCUGAAGUUUUUUCUGUUAUACACGAUUCCGUCGCGAAAAAAUCCAAACAAAUGGCCGAGGAAAUGAAGAGAUUCAACUACGUUACACCCACGAAUUAUUUGGAACUGGUGGCUCGCUAUAAAAUAAUGUUGAAAGAGAAGCGCGAUGAGAUUGCCUCUCAAGCAAACAAACUACGAAGUGGCGUUUGGAAAAUCGAAGACUGUAGGCAGAAAGUUGAAGUGAUGUCUGUAGAGUUGGAAGAAGCCCAAACUAAAGUUGCAGAGUUUCAAGUCCAAUGCGAUGAGUAUUUGGUGAUUAUCGUAGCCCAGAAGAAAGAAGCGGAUGAACAAGCUAAAGAAGUAGCAGUGAAAAGUGUUAAAAUUGGCGAAGAAGAAACAGUUUGUAAAAGACUAGCAACGGUAGCACAAGCAGAUUUAGAUGAAGCCAUGCCUGCUCUAAAUGAGGCAAUUGCCGCCUUAGAUUCCCUAAGUAAAAAAGACAUAAGUGAGCUGAAAUCCUACGGUAAACCUCCAGAAAAGGUACAGAUGGUCAUGGAAGCUGUAAUGAUACUUAAGGGGCUUGAUACUUCCUGGGCUGAGUCUAAACGUCAACUAGGUGAUAUAAACUUCCUGCAAUUGCUGAAGGAUUUCGAUAAGAACCAUAUAUCGGAAAAGACCUUGAAAAAAAUUGCUCAGUAUACCACAAAUGAGGAAUUUCAACCUGAUAAGGUCGGUAUUGUCUCUUUCGCUGCGAAAUCUCUCUGUAUGUGGGUUAUAGCGAUCGAAAAAUAUGCGAAAGUUUGGAAGGUAGUCGCCCCAAAGCAAGAAAAGCUUGAGAGCGCGAUGGCAUCUCUUCUAGAGAAGCAAAGAAUGUUAGCUGAAGCACAGGCGAAAUUGGCAGAACUGCAAGCCAUGUUGGCAAAAUUGCAACAAGAGUAUGAAGAGAAAUUACAGCAAAAAGAAGAGCUGAAUAAAAAGGCUGAACUGUUGAGGCUGAAACUAGAACGGGCUGCUAUGUUAGUUGAGAAUUUAUCCGGUGAAGCUCAGAGGUGGGGGGAGUCGGUUGUAGAGCUCGAUGCAGCCUAUGAAUUGCUUCCUGGAAACUGCCUCUUGUCCACUGCCUUUGUUUCUUACCUAGGACCUUUUGUCACGGUUUAUAGACAGCAACUUAUGAAGCUUUGGAUUGAUGAAGUCAUGAAUCAGGAGAUUCCCUGCAAUAACGACUUCAAUAUAAUAAACUUUCUAACGGAUCCAACACUUGUGAGAGAAUGGAACUCACAAGGACUUCCAGCUGAUAGUUUCAGCACGGAGAAUGGUAUUAUAGUAGCUAAAAGCUCUCGUUGGCCUUUGCUCAUUGACCCGCAAUGCCAAGCAAUGAAAUGGAUAAAAGCAAAAGAAGGAAAGAAUGGUUUGAAGGUGAUAGAUUUCGGCAUGACCAACUUCAUGAAAGUUAUAGAAAAUGCUGUUCAAAUGGGUUUGCCAGUAUUGUUGCAAAAUAUUAUGGAGACAGUGGAUCCCUCAAUCAAUCCGAUCUUGGCUAAAGCUGUCUUCAAACAGGGCGGCAUGAAUCUGAUCAAGCUAGACGAUAAGAUGGUUUCUUACAAUGACGAUUUCAGAUUUUUCAUCACUACCAAACUCACGAAUCCCCAUUAUGCGCCUGAAAUAUCAACAAAAACGAUAAUUGUCAAUUUUGCAGUGAAGGAAGAAGGAUUGGAAGCCCAACUUUUAGGUAUUGUUGUCAGGAAGGAAAAGCCUCAACUGGAAGAGCAGAAGGAUAAGUUAGUAACAAUAAUUGCAAAAGGCAGGAGAACCUUGGUUGAACUCGAAAACGAACUAUUAAGAUUAUUGAACGAAUCAAGAGGUUCGAUUUUAGAGGACGCAGAACUGUUCAAUACAUUGCAGGUAUCGAAGGCAACUUCUCAGGCUGUGAAAAAGAGUUUGGAAGUCUCUGAAACAACAGAGGUUGAAAUUGAUUUGGCAAGAGAGGGUUAUAGAGCAUGUGCUAAGCGAGCUUCAAUAUUGUUUUUUGUAUUGAAUGAUAUGGGUAGGAUAGACCCAAUGUAUCAAUUCGCUUUGGACUCUUACAUUUUUCUGUUUGAGAAAUCUAUCGACAAGAGUGAAAAAUCAGUUGUGCUACCAGAGAGAAUUGUAUUCUUGAAUGAUUAUCAUACUUAUGCUGUGUACAAAAAUACAUGCAGGGCUCUUUUUGAGAAGCAUAAGUUGCUGUUUUCUUUCCACAUGUGUGUGAAAAUUUUGACUGCUGAAGGAAAAAUUGUAGAAGCAGAGUACAACUUCCUUUUGAAAGGUGGUGUGGUCCUUGAUAGAGAAAAUCAAAUAGAUAAACCAGCAGCUUGGAUGCCUGAUGACGUCUGGGAUAAUAUAACAGAGUUAGACAAAAUAGGAGGUUUCCAUGGUGUUAUCGACACUUUUGAGCAAUACACAAGAGACUGGCAUCAGUGGUAUACUAACACAGAACCCGAAGCACUACCUCUGAUAGGUGAAUGGAACGAUGUUUGCAACGAAUUCCAGAAAAUGUUGUUCAUAAGAUCGUUAAGACAAGACAGAACAACAUUUUGUAUCACAAACUUCAUAACAAAUCAGUUGGGUCCUCGGUUUGUUGAACCUCCUGUGCUGGAUAUCAAGUCAGUUCUGGAGGAGUCAGUACCGCAAACUCCCCUUAUUUUCGUGCUUUCGCCUGGAGUAGACCCUACCACCGCUCUUACCCAACUUGCAGAAUCAUCCAAUAUGUCUUCAAAGUUCAGUUCUCUGAGUCUGGGACAAGGUCAAGCUCCGAUUGCUACGAAAAUGAUUCAAACUGGGGCCAAAGAAGGACAGUGGAUAUUUUUGGCUAAUUGCCACUUGUCCUUGAGCUGGAUGCCGCGCUUGGACAAACUGGUGGAAAAUUUGCAAACAGGAAAAGUCAACAGCAAAUUCAGGCUCUGGUUGAGUUCCAGCCCGAAUCCAGACUUCCCCAUAUCUAUAUUACAAGCUGGAAUCAAGAUGACCACUGAACCUCCGAAGGGUCUCAAGGCAAAUCUGAAAAGAUUGUACAAUUUGAUUACGGAAGAGCAGUUUAGUGUGUGUCAGGCGAGAGAAAAAUAUAAGAAGCUACUUUUUUCUUUGUGCUUUUUCCACGCUAUUUUACUGGAAAGAAAAAAGUUUCAACAGCUUGGUUGGAACGUUGUUUAUAGUUUCAAUGACUCGGACUUCGAAGUUUCUGAGAAUUUGCUUACCAUAUAUCUGGAUGAAUACCCUCAAACCCCUUGGGAUGCUUUAAAAUAUCUCAUAGCUGGAGUAAAUUAUGGUGGGCAUGUCACAGAUGAUUGGGAUCGAAGGUUGUUGAUAACUUAUAUCAAUCAGUUCUUUUGUGAGGACGCUAUCAACAUAGCAUUUUACAGAUUGUCAAACUUACCGACCUACUACAUACCAAGAGAUGGAUCUCUCCACUCGUAUCAAGAUUACAUAACUCUCUUACCAAACAUCGAUAGACCAGAAGCCUUCGGUCAGCAUCCAAAUGCAGACAUAACAUCCCAGAUAAUAGAGUCCAGGAAUUUGUUUGAAACUUUGAUGUCCCUUCAGAUACAAUCAUCAUCUGGUCAGGCGGAAAGUAAAGAGGAUAAAGUGGGUAAAUUGGCUUCCGAUGUGCUGUCUAAAAUACCGAAAAUUAUCGAUUAUGAAAAUACGGAAAAACUGAUUGGUGCUGAUAAAAAGCCUUUGGAUGUUGUACUUUUACAGGAAAUUACACGGUAUAAUUACUUGCUCCUUUCUAUCAAGAGUUCUCUAAUCGACUUGCAGAAAGGUAUUAAAGGUUUAGUUGUGAUGUCUUCGGAACUAGAAGAGAUCUUCAUCUGUGUAUAUGAUGGUAGGGUACCUUCCGGCUGGUUAAAAGCGUAUCCUUCGUUGAAGUUGUUAGGUUCCUGGACAAGGGACUUGGUGGCAAGAGUUGAACAUUUUUCCUACUGGGCUGAAACGACACAUCCACCUUUAUUCUUCUGGCUAGCAGCUUAUACCUUCCCGACUGGAUUCUUGACUGCUGUCUUACAGACCACUGCUCGUAAAACAGAAGUUCCCAUAGAUUCUCUCAGCUGGGAGUUUACCGUUCAAACACUGGAAGAAUAUCAAAUACAAAUGGCUCCAGAGUCAGGAGUUUAUGUGAGAGGCCUCUUUCUCGAAGGAGCCGGUUGGGAUAAAAAACCAGCCUGUCUUAUAGAACCUCAACCGAUGCAGCUUGUAUGUCCGAUGCCGCUCAUUCAUUUUAAACCAGUAGAACAACAGAAGAAGAAGACAAGAGGGCUAUAUCAGUGUCCAACAUAUUACUAUCCUAUAAGAACCGGAAGUCAACAUCAACCAUCGUACGUUGUAGCUGUUGAUCUGAAUAGUGGAACUGAAACUUCCGAUUUCUGGAUAAAGAGGGGAACUGCUCUACUUUUAAGUUUAGGUUCCUAGAGUUCAUCUUUCUUUAAGUAUCAGUGUUAUGUUGAUAAUAAAAGGAAUAUAUUUUAUAAGUUCUUAAAA